AUGUUGAAGAUUCAGGAAAGCGGGGAAGUAGCCCUGUUUGUUGCAGGGACUGCAUUGGACUGCCUCCCCGCGGCAAGCAGUGCGUCGAAUCGGAUGCGCAACGUAUUUCUGCCGACGACCGCAAAGCGACGCACUGAGGCACAGUGCAUUGCCUUAGUAACUGGCGUCUUGCCGCAAUUGACACGUACUAUCCUUGCACAAUGCCACUCUAGACACAAUAGAAGGCUUGUGGUUAAACGCAGCAACAGGCUAGGUUCUCAAAAGAGUGAGCAUAAGGGUCUGAACCACCUUAUUCGGAAAGAUUCGAGAGCAAAGGGUUCCUCAACCCCAUUUCGCAUGAAAAAGGAAUUGCUGUGUUUGUUCUAA